AUGUCUAGAAAUCCUCGUACUGGAACACAAACGGUUGUAAAAUUACGUUCCUUAGGUCACCGAGUAAUUCUAAUUACAAGCGGAGCUAUAGGAGUAGGAUUGAGACGAUUAAAUAUGGAUAAAAAACCGAAGAAAUUGAAAGAAAUUCAAGCUGUAAUGGCAGUUGGUCAAGUAAGAUUGAUGAGAAUGUAUGAUAGUCAAUUGAAUCAACUAGGCAUGACCUAG